AUGUCUUUGAUCUCUGCUGCUCCUGAGCUCAACGAUUCCAGCUCGACCACGUCAGCUGGGUCCACGAAGGAAUCUAAAUUUUAUCGGAAAGACGGAAAACCGCUCUCCAAAGAGGCCAUCUACAGGGCAAAGCAAAAGUAUGGGGUGUACCAAUCGCCUGCCAGAAGCACCGGUUCCGGCGUGGCGGACGCCAAAGCGGCGUCUGACGCGGCUGCCAACCUUGCCAACAACAACAGAACCACCAUUGAGGCGUACAAACGACUAAUGGUCGAUUCCGACGCAUCCAAGGCGGCCAGUGCGGUUUCGGGACGCUCAAGAACGUCCAGUGUGUCAUCUGCGGUCACAGUUGUCUCUGACAAAAGAUCGGCCAGUGCCGCUACUAAAGCGUACUCGGCCAAGCCCGUGGAAGUUCAAGCCACUCCGGCUAAACCUGCAAUGGAUAUGUCCAGAGUGCUAUCAGGAGCCGAGGCUGCUGCUGGAAAGCGGAUGGGUGUACGCAUGAACCCGGAAAAAGUGGUUUAUGUGCCUUCCAAAGAGUCUGCCAAAGCUGCAGAGCGUAGUUUCUCACUCACUCCCGACAUUAUGCAGAAAAUUUCAACCAAGAACCAGCUGGAAGCGGAAGCAGAGCGCGAAGCAGACCCUCAACACUACGCCUCCCAUGCCGCCUAUGCAGUCCGUGACUACAAUCCCAGCGAGAUCACUGAAAAAGAGUUUUUGGAACGCGAGAAGAAGAAACAAGCGUAUUUCGGUACACUCACUUCUCCUCAAGUCUUGGCUCUUGCCAAAAGCAACGCUCAACUAAGACUAGACACUAUUGAUAAGUCGGCUCCCGGAAGUCUCUUCAGAAACGCGGAGUUUAACAAGCUGGCUGUGGCUUUGGCCCAGAAAAGUCAUGCUCAGCGUUCCGAACUCACCGGAAAGAUUAACUUGGGUGGUGGAUUGUGGUUGAACCCAUCUGACGUCCAGAACAUCGCACAGGGACUUAUCACACCUGUUUUGGAUGAGGUUGGAAGUAGAGCCCUGCAACAAAGAGCGAUUGAUGAAGACAUUAAGCAAAGAAAGAUCGAUUUCAAAGAACAAAAUGCCGCUUGGAUUGAGUUGCAGCGCAACAAGAUUGCCAACGACAAAAUGUACUCUAGAGAAACUCGCUUAAGGCACAAGCGUGAAACUGAUGGGCUGAAGACCAGAACCGAAAGAAAGUACGAACAAUUGUGCACUACUAAGGACGCCGAAGUUGCUGAGAUGGAAAAUGCUUUGCAAGAGGCCAAGAACUCUUUUGCAGCCCUUCAAAGAGAGAUGGAACAAGCAUUGAAGGACGAAGAAACCCGUUGCGAAACAGAACUUGCCAACUUGGCCCUAGAGCAGAAGGAAGGCAUUGACCUUGCCCGUAGAGAGCAAGACGAGGAAAUUCAGCCUUUUAUCGACGAUGUUAAAGCUGCGGAAGCGGAGCACGAGCGCUUGAUCGCAGAACAUGACUCUUUCACGCAAGCUAUUGCCGAGUUGCGUACCUCGAUUGAAAACCAUAAGACUAGAAUCCAAGAACUUGAUCAGCAAUUGAUUGAUUCGGACGCUACUCAUAAAGAAGAUGAAGAAAAGUUGCAAAACCUAUCCACGGAAAAGAAUGACUUUAACACGCAAAUCGACACUCAUUAUGUGCUCCUCACUGAAAAGGCCAAAGAGCAAGCUCAACAAUCCUCAGAAGAAUCGCGCUUGAGACGUUUAGAGGUUGACGCCAUGAUCAAUCAGCGUCAAAGUGAACUCAAUGCUACAGAGUUGCUUUUGAAGAACGAAAAGCUAGUUUUGCUCGAUGCUAUGAGAGGUGUCACCCAUCUGAAGGGUGAAGAAAAGCUUGAUGAGGACAAGGUGAAAGCUCUGUUUGGAGUCACGUCUGAAGAGUUCAUUGCCAAACAGAAGGAGUCUGAGAAAGCCGUUGGCGGUGAAGAAAUGACAACAACUGUGUCUGUCAAGGAAGAAAACACCGCUGAGCCGGAAGCUACUAUCAAAGAUCCCAUUGUGAGCGAGCAUGAAUCAAAGCCUAAGAAAACUGUCACAUCCCCAGACGCUAGACCAAGCAUGGUUGAUGCAGUUUUGCCUCCCGACUUCAAGCCCGAAGUAAAGCCUAAAAAGCAAACGCCGGUCAGCAGCCCCACUAAGAAGAGUGCGUCUGCUGUUCAACCUGAUGCCUCCAAAAAUGGUGGUGUGAAGAGGUCCGGGUCUUUGAAACAAAAACUUCUAGGUCUUGUCCAUAAAGAUGCCACGAAGCCAUCUACCGAAACCUCCAAGCCGGUAGCGAAGCCUGUGGGUAAGCCAGCCGGGACUGCUGCUGUCUCCGAAAAGAAGCCACAAGAAGAUGUCAAACCGAAAAGCAACAGCACUAAAGCUGAAGGUGUUGCUGCAGGAAAGGUCGAAGAAAAGUCUGCUGUUUUGAAGCCAGAGACCAACUCGACCGAACUACAAUCAUCGACCGCAAACACUACGGCAGUUUCCAAAAAUCAGGAACCAUCCAUCAAGAAAGACGACGCUCUUAACUUAAAGUCGGCGAAGUCUGAGGCCUCUGCGAAGGAUGUGGACACUUUGGAAAACUCAGAAGAUGACUUGGAAGACAUACCAGACUCUAGCGAAGCAGGUGAAAACGGAAAGCUUGUUGAUGGUGACAAGAAGGGGAGUCUUUUCAAGGAAGUUUUUUGA